AUGGCUGCUACCUUGGCCACCAUAAACACGUGGCUGGAUCAGCUCUCGAUCUCUAUCGUCAAGCAAAGCACAUCGUCGAAGCAGGAAACCAGACGUUUACAAGAUUCUUUUCGUCGACGCAUCAAAAAGCAUACUGCUGCUCGCACCAAUCAGUUCGAAGUUAUCAACCGGCUCGAUGGCUUAGAGGAGAAGUUCCAGAUCCUAUCUUUGGACAAUCUAUCUGACGCGUUGAGACAACGUAGAAAUGAGCUCAAAGAUUUCGAAUACAAUUGGCUUCCAGACGCACUGGAUUUGCUGCUUCACUUAGCAGGUGAUCCGGCCCAUAGCAAGAAUCUGCUUGAGCUUUACCAGAAACCUCUUCGCGUUGGCACUCCCCCUCCACUUCGUUGGAUAGAUUUGCAGGCAGAAAGUCCAAUCGACAAGCACAGUAGACUUUGGCGCGUGCCUGACUUUCACGACGUUAACGACCCGGGUUUGCUGGACGACGGUGUUGACCCGGACUAUUCAACAGCUAAGACUUCGCCCCUACACGAUGCAAAGGAGGUUGAGAUUGCACAGGACAUAGAUUCUUUGCUGCAUACCGUGGAUGACGAAACACUCAACCUCUAUGGUACUGUCUCCGACUGCGAUCAGAGCAUCGAUCAAAUCACCGAGGAGCUCUUCAUUCGCGAAAGCAUGUUUUUCCUUCGAGGGUAUAGCAACCGUAUGUUCACCACCAUCAGAGGUAGAUAUGAGCUCAACUCAACUAUCCAAGUUCGUGGACUGCCACACAAGACAUUGCGGUCAAUUUUCACUCAGUUCUCGCUUGUACGUACAGACCUCGACUUUGUACUGACCUGGAUUGCGAGUCUCACACAUGAUACAUACAUUGCCGCAAUGAAGGACGCAACAGAAAAAGUUAUAUUGCAUUGUUAUAGAGCUAUCGACGAGUUGCAACAGAAUUUCACAGAUUCUAGCACUACAACAGUCGCCAGCAUUACACCAGUGGUCCUUUAUUUGCCAGAAGUAAGUGCUGAUAUUACAGCGAUCGCAGACUUCUUGAGACAGGACGGUAACGACGAUGCCAUCAGCUGUCUUGAAAACUUGUACCAAGCAGUAUGGACGAGUCAGGUCUGCGGCAAUGUCAGAGUCUUCCAGUGUUUGAGCUCAAUUCUUUUUCCAACUCUGCACGUGUAUCUGCAACCUAUAUGGACGUGGCUCAAUUAUGGUCAGCUAGAGACAUCCACAUUCUUUGUCGUGUCACAUCAGCCCAUCUCGAAACUGUACACUCUGUGGCAUGACUACUAUUCCUUGGAAAUUACUGGACGGCAAAGACCUUCUUCUUUCCUGAUGAACAUAAGCGGACAGAUACUGGCCUGUGGAAAGACUUCGGCAUUUUUGCGUCAACUACGGACGAACGAUCGUCUCGAGUACCCAGGUGCAGUGAACGAGCUGGCGGGGUUCAUGCAAGACAUCCAGCCUGACAUAUCACGUCCUUUCUCGGCCUCUUUCGAGGAAAGCUGGAACCAGUAUGUACAUUUUCUCUUACAAUCACGAACUCUCGAGCUGAAAGCCGUCCUCGAUACAACAUGCGGCUACGGACAGGCCCUCGACACAAUAGCACAACUAUACCUGCAGCAAGAUACCACUUUUGUAAAUGAGAUCGAGCGAAAACUGUUCAACAGAAUCGAUCAUUUGAUGGACAGCUGGAACGACCGGUUCCAAUUGAGAGAUAUGCUUGAAGAAGCUUUCAAUGCCGGUGGAAGCCGUCACAUCGUCGAUUCAAUAUUAAUCCAUUCUACCUAUACAUCUUCGAGGGCCAUGCAGAGCAGAAGAACUUCUGUUGAGAUCCUGAGCUCAGUUGCAUUCGAGUACGUUUUGCCGUGGUCUCUGGCAAACAUCGUUGAUGCAGCAGCUAUGGCUACCUACCAACGCAUUGCACUGGUAUUGACACAAAUCAAGAGAGCGAAGUAUUGCAUCGAGCGCACCGGCUAUAUCUCCGUUACGACAGUCCCGUUAAUGGAGAGUGCUACUGAGCUCGACCGAAGACGUGCUCAAGCACUAGCAUUUGCACUAUUGAGCUUCGUGAACACUGUCUACGACCAUUUCACAACCACUAUAAUAUGGCCGCUCACAAAGCAAAUGCGCAUCAAUAUGCAUGAAUCAGUCACUAUUGAUGAGAUGAUACAGACUCAUCGAACUUACAUCAGUCGUCUCGCACAUGCUUGCUUAGCAGCACCGAAGGUCAAAGCCCUGAAGCAGUCCGUCGUGGCAAUUCUUGACCUGUGCAUUCACUUCUCGGAUCUGGUGUCGAAUUCUACUAAUACAGAGCAUGCUAACCCUGACUUCGAGGUCAGCUCCUUCAGAUCAGCCCAGAGCAAGAAUAGACGGCUGCGAGCAGACCAGGAUGACUCUGAUUCGGAGGAUGAAGACCAGAAUCACUUCGAUGGCUACUCUUCGUUCAUUGUUCUCGAUGGUGACACUAGCGUUGUGAAGGAGUUGCACAAGGUAAAGUUGAACUUUGAGAAGCAGGUCAAGGUCUUAGUCGCAGGUUUGAAAGGUGUUCGGAAAGGGGAGCAGUAUGUACAGGACUUGCAAUUGUUAGAGGAACGGAUUUCUUGUAUUCUAGUCAGGUAA